AGGGCUACAGAAAGAGUGCUGGAAACGCCUAUGCUUGUGUAUUUCUGACGUUGGUGUAUUUUAUUUGAGGCGGAGCUAGAGACCACUGACACGUAAGGAUCCUGCAUUAAUUCCAAGGGAGAAGCUACAUAGGCCUACAUCUUUUUAGUCAAGAAGAAUGUCCUUUUUAAAUGCAACCAGCUGCUAAUGUUUUCUAUUCGGAUUGAUGCAUAAAAUUACCCAACGAGUCGCACAUUAGGGUGCGUGUAGGCUGGCGACGUAGUCUACAGUCAACGUUGAAAAUGAGAUUUGCAAUGUUUAUUUCUCUGCUGAGGCCGAUCGGCCCGGUUAUUAUCGGUGUUUCUUUGGGAUUUACCUUGAGUUUACUUAGUGUGAAUUGGGUAGAGGAAACUUGUGUCCUCGACGGGAAAGCGAGUGAAGAAAUACGUUUGGCCCAAGAUGGGAAUUCAAAAGGAGCGAGGAGACCCAAUUCGAUAUCGACUGUGGAUGCCGAGGAAGAUUUUGAGCCAAGAAUAGUGCCAUAUAAACCAGUCCAACAAAGCCAAACAAAGCAACUUUUUCGGGCUAAGUACAUCAGUACAGAGCUGGGGAUCCGGCAGCGCCUCUUCGUAGGGAUCAUGACGUCCAAAAGCACCAUCAACACAUUGGGAGUGGCCGUGAACCGCACCAUCAGCCACCACCUGGACACUGUGGUCUUCUUCACCGGCAUGCGCAACCGCAAAGUGCCCCACGGCAUGUUCGUGGUCACCCAUGGGGACGAGAGGCUCAUAUGGAACAUUUUCCAGACCAUCAAGUACAUCUUGGAGCACUACAUCCAUGAGUAUGACUGGUUCUACCUGGCCCAGGACGACACCUACACCGAGGCAGACCGGAUCCAACAGCUGGUGGAUCACCUGAGCAUAGACCGGGAGCUUUACAUGGGCAGCCCUGAGGAGUUUAUAGGUGGGGAGAUGGAGGGGAGGUACUGCUACGGUGGGUUCGGAUACCUCCUGUCCCGUACCCUGCUGCUCCGGCUCAAACCCUUCCUGGAGAACUGUAGGAAUGACAUCCUGAGCGCCAGGCCUGACGAGUGGCUGGGCAGAUGCAUCAUUGAUUAUGCCAACACCAACUGUGUGGCUGAGCAUGAGGGGCUGCAGUACUACCAUUACGAGAUGGGCAAGAACUCUGAUCCGAGUAAGGUGAAGAAUGUGCAGUUUAAUAAUGCCUUUACUGUCCACCCGGUAUCUGACCCUGAGCAGAUGUACAGACUACACAAACACUUCACUGAAAUCGAACUUCGGAGGACAUACGAUGAGAUCGAGAAGUUGCAGGCAGAGAUAAAGAAUGUGAGCAAAGUGGCUUUUGAUGGCAACCGGAGCGCCCAGUGGCCCGUUGGGAUCAAUCCUACGUUUGAGCCGAAGUCCCGUUUUGAGGUCAUCCGAUGGGACUACUUCACAGAGGAGCAGGUCUAUUCAUGCAUUGACGGCUCCCCCAAGUGUGAACUGCGUGGCAUUGAUCGGUUGGACGUGGCCGACGUCAUCGAGAGAGCCAUGGGGGAGCUGAACAAGAAGUACAAGCCUGUCCUCCACCUGAAGAAGCAGCAGCUGAUCAACGGCUACCGCCGCUUCGACCCCACUCGGGGCAUGGAGUACACCCUGGACCUGCAGCUGGAGGUGGUCAACCAGAAGGGCCGCAGUCGCUCCAUCACCAAGAGGGUCCACCUGGUGCGUCCCCUGAGUCGCAUUGAGAUCAUCCCCAUGCCUUACGUCACAGAGGCCACCAGGGUUCACGUCAUCUUGCCGUUGACUUUUCAGGAACGGGGUGCCGUCAACCAUUUUCUAGAAGUGUUUGCCACAAAUUUGUUUGAGACCAGUGACAACGCCAUCUUGACUUUACUGUUUAUCUACGACCCAUUCGAGGCCCAGCAGGUCAACCAGAAUGACAUAUUCACCAGUGUUAAAGCGCAGAUCAAUGCAUACGAACGCAAGUAUCCGGCAGUGAAGAUCCUGUGGAUAAGUGUCAAGACAGAAACCCCUUCUCAAAUCAAGUUCAUGGACAUAAUUUCCAAGAAGCACCCAGUAGACACGCUGUUCUUCAUCACCAACGUCAACACCAACGUCAACUCCGAGUUCCUCAACCGUUGCCGCAUGAACUCCAUCAACAACUGGCAGGUAUUCUUCCCGAUCCACUUCCAGGACUACAACCCAGACAUUGCCUUCCACAACCAGGAGCCCCCACCCACAGUAGACCUGGUCAAGGACGCCGGACACUUUGACCGCAGUUCUUUCGAGGAGGCGUGCUUCUACAACUCCGACUACAUGGUGACGCGCACGCGCAUGGCCUCCGACGUGCAGGAGAAUGAGGAGAUCAUGGAGACCUUGGAUAUCUACGACAUGUUUGUCAGGUACUCCACCCUGCAUGUGUUCAGGGCUGUGGAGCCGGCUCUGCACCAGAAGUACCACUACCAGGCCUGUAACCCGCAGCUCAGUGAGGACAUCUACCACAGGUGUGUCCAGAGCAACCUGGAUGGCCUGGGAUCACGUUCCCAGCUCGCCAUGCUGUUAUUUGAACACGAGCAAGGAAAUAGCACUUGAUCACCAGCCCCCUUAGAAACUUGACCUAGUAUGUGUGUGAUUGUGUGUAUGCGUGAGUGUGAUGUGUGUAUGCGUGUGUGUUUGUUUUAAAACUAAUGCAGUACAUUCCUAAGCGGAAACCUUUUUUUUUUUUUACUAAAUGUUUACAAUAAAAAUGUGCUGUCCAUACAGAAAACGAUGGUGGAACGAAAAGUGGUUUAAACAUUCGGAUUUGGUGGUCAUGCUGUUCAUCUCAUUAUUUUGACAUGUUACAAAAGUUCUACAUACCUUUGUGGCUCUUGAGGGUAUGGCUUUAAACCUGCACAGCUUUUGAUGCUUGGUCAUUUGCAGUUUAGUAAUCACUACUAAAGCACAUCUGUGUGCCUUUUUUAAAAACAUUUUAAACGUCCGUCAGUCCUCUUGUAUUUUCAUGUCCGUUAUCAUAUCAAGCAAAAUAAGUAGAGAUUUUUUUACAUUUAAUACAUUUAAUCAAUAUUUGAGUCCCUUCCUUUCACAUUACACUUCUCACAUUUGAAUUAAUGAGCUGGCAUCUGCAAUAUAGAUUCACUCUACUCGCAUGUUAACGGGAAGGAAGCUUUACGGCACUGACGUCAUCAGAUGCAGAAUGAGAUUAAUGUUGGGUUGAGAGGAUUGGAUGGUAUGUGUUGGUACUGUAGGUCUCCAUAGGUGACAUCACAAACAAGCCUGUAGAUGUAGAGCCUCUUCAUAUGAUUGUCUCUUAUUUAGAAUAGGGAAUUAUGUCAUCUUUAUCCAUUACAUUUAUAUAUGCAACGUUCUGAAUGUUUUAACUCUGAAUACACCCCUGGUCAGAUACGUUUGUCUGACGAUAUUUUGUGAGAGUCCUUGUUGAGAGGCUAACGCACAGUUCAGACGCUGAACUUUUGGUUAAUCGAAUGGAAUAGAAAUUAAGAGGUUGAAAGGUUUUGCUUGACAUACUGAUUGGUUUCAUACUACAACCGCUUUCAACACUACAGACUUCCUUGUAGGCUUUGGGUCGAAUUCAGGCACAACACCUCUUGUUUUAAAGAAGUGCAUUGGACAAAAAGGACAAUAACAGACGAUUCCCACACCUAUGCAGCGCGGAAGAUAAUGUUUGAAACGGUGAAUAUGAUCGGUUUAAUGUGUAUAUUAUAGGGAUGGGCAUUUUACAAUUGUUGAAUGUUCGUAGACCCCUUUUUCUUCGAGUACUCAAAUAACCCAAAUCCUAAUUGCCCUAUAUAUUAAAACAAAAAUGCAAGUGCCAUUUUAAAAUUAAUUUAUUGAAGCCGUAAUAUCAACUGGUUAUAUCAUAUCAUGGAACACAAUCUUCAAAAAGGCAGUAACCUUCGCAUUUGCGCUUGCUUGUAGAACCCUGUGGCUGUUCAAUGGCUUAGCCUUUUGUUAAUUUAGCAGACAAUACGCUCUUAUUUCCCGAGCCCUUAUCACAGUCAAAACACAUAUUUCAUAGUUUAAAAUACAUUUUAAAAACGAUGUAAUAUAACAGAAUAAAAUGGAACAGAAUAUUUUUCCAACUGGAAAAAAAAGUUGCCAGUGCAAAGUGAUGCGCAUUGCAUGUCGAACAGUUAUCACCAGUGAUCAUUUGACACGUUUCUUAAUAAUGGAUGAACACUCACAUUGAACACUGCAUGGUGAUGCAUUAUGGCCACAUCUGUUUGUCGAGUAGGCAUAUACUUGUUUAUUCAGAUGAAAAUACGCUCUUUGUCGUCAUCAAACUAAUGUUUUGCAGAUGUUAAGUGUGGAACAUGUAUGUUUAGGGGGGUUAUAGCCUAGGCUAACAAAUUCUAAAUGGCACUAACAGUUCGCAAAGUAACUUAAGCGGAAAUAGUCAGGGCACAACUAUUCCAAAACUGCAUCUCGUUCCUGGAACACAUUUAUCAACUUCAAUCAACCAGUCCAUUUUGAAUUUGUAACUGUGUUCAUUUGGCAUGGAAUGUAGCUUGUGUAUCCAAUCCGUUAGAUAAGUGUUUUAUAGGCAUUUGUUUCUGUAGGCCCAACGGGAGCUCGUGUGGCGGGAUCGGAUCCCUCCACAUACGAGACAUGUAGGGGAAAGGGAAUUUGGAGAAGAAAUGUGUGAUGCUUGGUUUCUUUUUUUGUUGUACACAGCAAAUGCACAUGUUCAUAUGGAACACAAGAGUCGAGGCAAAUUUGAACGUUGUCUAAAGACAAAAUGUCACUUGCCUUAGUUUUACAGUGGUCUAUUUGGAGAAAAAAAAGUGAUCUCUGGUUAAAUAUAGAGCUUUUACGUCCGUUGCGUGCUAAUUUACUCAUCCCUACUCGGUUAACGCAGGGUGUCUUCAGAUUUCCUGUCUCCCAGUCUCCUCAAACUUAAUAUAAACCAUGAUGUUAGCUAUAUUACUGUGCAACGUAUGUUAUAUUUUCCCCCCCGAGAUUGCAAAUACAUCUGUACGUUGUAGUGCCCAUCGGUUAUGAAUGUUUCAACCUCUGUGUCGAGAAGGGACACACUCUAAAGUGAUUUUCGUACCAGGUUAGGAGAGCAUGUUCGCUAACCCUUUUCCUCAGGCUCCUUACUUGCUACCUUAAAUCUCCCACCCUGCUGUGUAAAUUCUCAUAACCUGCUACGAAAAAGUAAUCGAAGUGGCGUAAGAUUAAGAAGAAUUGUCCGUGUUGAGAAGUUGUGUUUUUGCCGUCGGGUUUCAAAGAUCACCAAAAACGACUAACCAUGAGCCUUAGCGUUUCGGCCGCCACAGAAACAGACCCUGGGUCUGUUCUAACGUGACCAACAACCUGCGUGCCAAUUUCUCCCGACAGGGGAAUAAUUGCUCUUGCGCUCCAUGAAACGGAUACGCUCUUCACCCGUUCCGCGCCGAAAGAGCGGCAGAAAAGUCAGACGGAGUGGCAGGUAGCCUAGUGGUUAGAGCGUUGGGCCAGUAACCAAAAGGUUGCUUGAUCGAAUCCCCGAGCUGGCAAGGUCAAAAUCUGGCGUUCUGCCCCUGAACAAGGCAGUUAACCUACUGUGCCUAGGCCCUCUUUGUAAUUAAUAAUUUGUAAUUAAUUAUUUGUUCUUAACUAACUUGCCUACUUAAAUAAAAUAAAAACACAAUUUCAGAUGGCACCCCAUGCCCGCUCUUCCAUAGAGAAAGUGAUGUAUUUUUUUUGUGCACCGAUAGAGCAGUGUUUGAACUUGGGCUAGCUCUGACUGGACUAGUUCACAGUAGUUGUUGGUUUCGGUGUGUUACACACAUGUAAUCUCAAUAUUUUAAAGUAGGUAUCAGUUGAAAAAGACUGCAGUUAUUAAAAAUAAGAAUUUGUUCUUACCUGACUUGCCUAGUUAAAUAAAGGUCAAAUUAAUUAAAUUGUGGUAUGUACUGUAGAAGUUGGCAGUCAACAUUGUUACAUUACAUUUCUAUUGCAUCAGAAUAUACACUACCAGUCAGUUUUUAGAACACUUACUCAUUUGUACUAUUUUAUACAUUGUAGAAUAAUAGUGAACACAUCAACUAUGACGUAACACACAUGGAAUCAUGUUAAACAAAUCAAAAUAUAUUUGAGAUUCUUCAAAUACCCACCCUUUGCCUUGACAGUUUUGCACACUCUUGACUCUCAACCAGCUUCACAAGGUAGUCACCUGGAAUGCAUUUCAAUUAACAGGUGUGCCUUUGUUAAUUUGUGGAAUUUCUUUCCUUAAUGUAUUUGAGCCAAUCAGUUGUGUUGGGGGGGGGGGGGGGGGGGGGGUAUACAGAAGGUGGCCCUAUUUGGUAAAAGAGCAUUCCAUGUUAUGGCAAGAACAGCUCAAAUAAGCAAAGAUAAAUAAACAGUCCAUCAUUGACUGACCUUCGUGUCUGAAAGUGAUCUGGAAAAUGUCAAGAACUUUGAAAGUUUCUUCAAGUCCAGUUGCAAUAACCAUCAAGCACUAUGAUGAAACUGGCUCACGAGGACUGGCAAAGGAAUGUAAGACCCAGAGUUGGCUCUGCUGUAGAGGAUAAGUUCAUUAGUUACUAGCCUCAGAAAUUGCAGCCCAAAUAAAUGCUUCUGAGUUCAAGUAACAGACACAUCUAAUCUCAACAUCAGCUGUGAAUCAGGCCUUUCAUGGUCGAAUUGAACACCAAUAAGAAGAGACUUGCUUGGGCCAAGAAACACAAGCAAUGGACAUUAGACCGGUGGAAAUUGGUCCUUUGUUCUGGAGUCCAAACUGGAGAAUUCUAGUUCCAACCGCCUUGUCUUUGUGAGACAUGGUGUGGGUGAACGAAUGAUCUCAGCAUGUGUAUUUCCCACCAUAAAGCAUGAUGGAUGAGGUGUUAUGGUGUGAGAGUAGUUUUCAGGUGACACUCUGAUAUAUUUAGAAUUCAAGGUACACUUAACCAGCAUGGCUCCCACAGCAUUCUGCAGUGAUACACCAUCCCAUCUGGUUUGCGCUUCGUGGGACUAUAAUUUCGUUUUUCAACAGGACAAUGACCCAACAAACCUCCAGGCUGUGUAAGGGUUAUUUGACCAAGAAGGAGAGUGAUGGAGUGCUGCAUCAGGUGACCUGGCUUCCACAAUCCCCCAACCUCAAACAAAUUGGGAUGAGUUGCACUGCAGAGUGAAGGAAAAGCAGCCAACAAAUGCUCAGCAUAUGUGGGAACUCCUUCAAGACUGUUAAAAUCAUUCCAGGUGAAGCUGGUUGAGAGAAUGCCAAGAGUGCAAAGCUGUCAUCAAGGCAACGGUUGGCUACUUUGAAGAAUCUCAUAUUUUUUAACACUUUUUUGGGGGGGUUACUAAGUGAUUCCAUAUGUGUUAUUUCAUAGUUGUGAUGUCUUCACUAUUCUACAAUGUAGAAAAUAGUAAAAAUUAAGAAAAACCCUUGAAUGAUUAGAUGUUCUAAAAAUGUUGACCGGUAGUGUAGGUAGUUUGAAAUUACAUUUGAUAUUUCCCUGCAACAUUUAUGGAAGUUAAAAAAAAAAAAAAAUCAUGUUGAUAAGUAUUAUUAUUAUUAUUAUUAUUAUUAUUAUUAUUAUUAUUAUUAUUAUUAUAUGUAUUUAAAUGGUAUCACAUUGUAGCCCUCAAUAUCUAAUGGUUUGCUAUCAAGCACACCCCAAUUCCCGCUCAGUAUUGUGCAACCAGAGGCCUUUUGAGUGGAUGCAGCAGGUACUAGAAACCUGAGUUUGAAAUGUGAGUUUAAGUCAAAUAUGUGCAAUACUGUAUAGAUUACAACAAAAAAAUUGACUGUCCAAUCAAGAACAAGGAUUACAUUUUUGUGACGUGUUGCAAGUUGAAUACAUGCUCUAAAUUAUAUUUAUUUAAAACUUAUACCAAGGAAAUAUCCUGUGUAACAACACUGAAUGUGACAUGAACUACAUUGACUUAACUUGCAUUACUGUUUUGUGUGUUAAUACACCACAUUUAGAUUUAUAUUGUAUUAUACUGACAAACAAAAUGGACACAGUCUAUCAUGACAUGAAAACCUACUUAAAAUAAAUAACGUAAUUCCCUUAAGUCUUUCUUUUUUUUCUUCCCCAAGUGGUUUUGUAAUUGCAUCCACAAUUCUUAAUGCGUGUCUACUUCACCAGAGACUUGAGGUUACAUUAUGCAAAUUCAGAAGGCUGAAGCUCAAAUAGAGAUCUCAAUUUGUUUGCUUUGUAUCUCUGCGUGUGUGAUAUAAUUUGUUCUGUUAUUAGCUUUGUUUACACAUGGUAAUAGUGUGCGUGAUAGACGUUUCCUAUUUUGUAUUUUACACAAUGUAUUUUCUUUUUACUACCACUGUAAUUCCAAGUAUUGGAUUCAGAGUUGGAUCAAUCCUUUUUAUUUACCAGUAAUUUGAAGUGUCCAGUGCACUGUAGUAUGUUUCUAAUGGUAGUGUUAACCAAAGCCAUUACUCAUUGACUUGAGAAACUGUGGCAGGUUAGAAAUUAAAUCCAUAUCCUCCCUUUUUAAAGCAGCUGGCCCAAUGCUAUCAAGAUAUAUAUCAAAGGGUCCUAUGUACAGUACAAACUGUGAUGUUUUGCCCCCCCCCCUCCCAUCUUAGGACAUUUGUUACACAAAUACAGAACAGUUCUUCCCUACCAACAGAAAACCAAAAUACUCAUUGGUGAGUCUUUUGUUACAAAGAUUUAGCAUGGCAUAUUAAUCCAAAUGAGUCAUUAUGUAGAUAAAACACUCAAUGGUAUACUGAAAUCUACAAUGAACUGUGAAUUAUUGUCAUUUUGAAAUAAACUAUUUCAGUAUGA